UUAGCAAAUACGAAUAUAGUUAAAUUAUUAUUGUUAUACUUUGGAAACUAUGCAUUUUUUCCACACAAUUUACUUUUUACAAAACGAGGAGUGAGGAUGAAAGAUAGCGAAAUCGCGUGUGAAUUCUGAUUGGCUGUUGAACACUUCCGUCUGUUAGUUUGAAAAGUGUUUGGGGAGUCGGUGGCUAGACCGUUACAGUUAAAAGGAGGCCUCAACAAUGUUGCUGAAGUUGGAGUUUAGUCGAUAACAAAUCAUUUAUCUAAAGAAGUUCUGCGCUAAUAUCGGCCUUUGUUUUGGGGAAAUUUCAAAGAUGGCGCAGCGUCUGACUGUAUCAGAUGGGGUAAGCAAGAGAACCUCCAGGGUCCGUGUAGCAGUCCGUCUGCGGCCUUACAUGAGCAGACAAGAUGAAAAAGACGAAGGGCCUUGUGUUAGAGGCCUGGACUCCCAGAACCUGGAGAUAAUUAAUUGGAGGAAUGCAACGGAGACCGUGAAAUACCAUUUUGAUGUUUUCCACGGAGAGCAGACUACGCAGCAAGAGGUUUUCCUUUCCUCAGUGAAACCCAUUUUGCCACACAUUUUAAACGGACAAAAUGCAAGUGUGUUUGCUUAUGGACCGACAGGAGCUGGCAAGACCCACACCAUGCUGGGAACUGCGGAGCAGCCAGGUGUGAUUCCCCGAGCGGUGCGUGAGGUUUUUAAUCUGGUUAGCGCCAAAGAUGAGGAUGAAGGAUGGGACUACAGCAUCGGCAUGUCGUAUCUGGAAAUUUAUAAUGAAAAAGUUCUCGACCUUCUAUCACCAAACGCCCAGGACUUGCCGAUUAGAGAGAAUAAGGACAAGAACAUUCUCAUUCCUGGCCUCACCCACACGGUUGUCUCCUCCUUCUCUGAUUUCGACAAACAUUUUAUCCCUGCAACCCUGAACCGGACCACAGCUUCUACCAAGUUAAACCAGCGGUCCAGUCGAAGUCACGCUAUUCUGCUCAUCAAGGUGGUCCGGACUCAGCGGGCCUUGCCUCACCGACAGCAGACGGGGAAGCUGUACUUGGUGGACCUGGCCGGCUCCGAGGACAACCGUCGCACCGGCAACCAGGGCAUCCGCCUGAAGGAAAGCGGCGCCAUCAACCUGUCUCUCUUCACGCUCAGCAAAGUGGUGGACGCGCUCAACUCCGGCACGGCCGCCCGCAUCCCGUACAGAGACAGCAAGCUGACCCGGCUGCUGCAGGACUCUCUGGGCGGCUCUGCUCACUCCGUCAUGAUCACAAACAUCGCUCCAGAGUACCGAUACUACUUUGACACCUUCAGCGCACUGAACUUCGCAGCCAAAUCGAAGCUCAUAGUGAACAAGCCGUUCACCAGAGAAACCGUGGCUGUGCCUGUGCUGCCAGUGAAGCGGUCCAGAGAGGAGCACGAAGUGGGGGGUUCUGGCGCCGAGCCACACAAGAAGAAGCAGAAAGACGAGAAGAAAUCUGAGCAGGAUGGCUCCUCCCCCUCAGCGCAUUACCACAGUUUGUCAGAACCGUCGGUGAUGGAGCGGUUGAUAGCGCUGGAGAAGCUGAUGAUGAGCUGCCAGGACAAAGACCGGCAGAGCGUCCUGAAGGACGUGGCCCAGUCACGCAAAGAGAUCCAGGAGCUGAAAGAGAAGCAGAGGGAGUUCGAAAGAAAGGCGACGUUGCUCAGCCAGCUGGCGAAGGAAAAGUCGAGUUCGAAAGACGAAGCUGCGUUCAAGAACACUCUGGCUCCCCUGCAGAGGAAACAGCCAAACGUUACAAAACCCAACAAGCAGCAGGCUGUGGUCCAACCGCUGCAAGUGUCUCAGCUCCAGCCUCUUCAGCAGCUCGCCGUCGUCGGGAAACAGUCGGUCUGCGUCACCAAGAAGGAGAAGAAGCUUUCAGACAUGGUCGAGCCUCCAGAUGGUAAAGAAAACAUGAAGGAGAGCUCCUGGGAGUCCCAGCUGGACACGUCGGUUCUGGAUGAGUCCAGGCAGAAAAUCCUGCACAUCCUGAAUACGGGCUGCCUCAAAGAGCUGAAAGGCCUGCAGCAGAUCGGCGACAAAAAGGCCAAACUCAUCCUGGGCUGGAGGGAAAUCCACGGCCACUUCACAAAGUUGGAAGAUUUGAUAAACGUAGAGGGCAUGAGUCAGAAGAGAUUUUCUUCCUUCAUGAAGGCAAACAUCCUGAGUGCCAUGGGAAAAUGAACUUUUAUGAACUCACCUCUUAAAUAUAUAUAAGUCCUGUGACAAAGACAUUAUUUUUCUUUUUCUUUUUUGUUGCCUUUUGUAAUAUUUUUGUAGUAACAUCCUUUUGCCUGGUGGUGGCACUCGCGUGCAUUUUUAAUAAACCUCACCUGAACGCA